CAGGCCGGGCGAGGAGGGCGUAACAGGACUUGCAUGCGUGUGUUUAAAUAAGUGCUUCUGUGUCAUGUUCAUUCAGAAUCAUUGCUGUUCAAUCAUGGAGCUCAAAGCAACAUCUGUCCUGCUGCUCGUGUGCGUCACCAUCAUCAUCCUCACCAGCACUAAAGUGGAUGCCAUUCCCAGUUGCUGUCUGACUGCUCCACAAAGGAUUUCUAAUCACAUGCUGCGAUCUGUCUCAAGAUACAUGAUCCAGGAGAGAUCUGGAGGCUGUGACAUUGAUGCAUUGGUAUUAUACAUCCAAAAAAGGCGGAUCUGUGCUGAUCUCAAAGUCCUAAAACUCUUGAAGAAACUCAAGAAGAAUCACAAACCCAAGAAGACUAAAGCCAAGCCUGAAUGAACAUCACCAUGUGACGCAGUAGAUUAUUGCAUUAAUCUACUGCCGGUUUUAGUAUUUCUCGCAUUGCAUGUAUUAAAACUCAUUUUUACUACAA